CUACAGCGUCUGUUGUGAACAAGUCUGCUAUGAGCGAGCAAAGAUGAUCAACGAGUCACUGAACACGUCGGUUGAUCCUUGCGAUGAUUUCUACCAAUACGCCUGCGGUGGAUGGAUAGACAAGCAUCGAAUACCAGAGUCGAAAUCGAGUAUUGGGAGCUUCACCCUGCUUGACGAAGAGCUGAAAGAAACUUUAAAACAUAUAUUAGGAAACAUCACACUAAAAGAGAAGGCCCAGAAUAUAACGAACAAGCUUGCAGCUGCCUACAAUGCCUGCCUGGAGGUUCCCAAAAGAGAAGACCAACUUCAAGCUCUGCACAGCCUAAUGAAUAAAUCUGGAUUUGGUGAGUGGCCGAAAACGUGCAUUGAAGACCACGUGAUAUCCACCGACAAAAACUGCACCGACGUAUUCACGAAUUUACCAAUAUUUACCUUAUUCGGAAUGUCGGUCGAUCGAGAUCUCACGAAGCUCACUACAUACGUGAUUCAGCUGGAUCAGCUAAGUUUUUCGACGGUGGGCAGGAAUCAGCUCAUCCAUCCAAACGAAACAAGGAACGCAAAUAUAACGAAGGCUUACAAGGAACUCAUUAAGACGGCGCUGAAAAUCAUGAAACCAAAUAUUACUGAGGACGAACAAGCGUCGCUCGCUAACAAGAUUUUCGAUUUCGAAGGACAGUUGGCCAACUUGACGGCACCUCCGGAAGAGCGGCGAAACAUACUCGCACUUUAUCACAGAACUAACAUCAGUGAACUCGAAAAAAACUUCUCUAAUGUGCCGCUGUUAAAGUUGCUUAACAAGCAGUUCGCAUAUGUAAAUAUCACAUUGAACGAAAGUGAAACAAUAGAACUUUUUGCUGAGGAAUACUACAAUAAACUCAACGUAUUUCUGCGGAAUGUCAGCUGCGAUUUGCUGUACAACUUCGCUGGUCUCCGACUCGUGCUGGGCUGGGCUGGCCGUGCAUCAGCGGAGUUCCGAAAUGCCUCGUUCAAUCUGACUAAAGCAUCUAAAGGCAUCGUGACCGACAACGAGAGAUGGGAAAAGUGCGUCGACACGAUGAACGCCAUGAUGCCAGAGAUUGUUGGCUACCUUUACGUCCAACACAAGUUCAGCGAACAAGCCAAGAAAGAGGUAGAAGACAUCGUCGAGAGGAUCAGGACGAUAUUCAACGAAACUUUAAUUCAGAGCGACUGGAUGGAUAAUUACACCAGGUCCGCCGCAGAAGACAAGUUGAAGCAGAUGAUUUCAAAAAUCGGAUACCCAACAUGGCUUCUCAACACGACAUAUCUCGACCAGCUAUACAAAUACGUUCCAGACCUAAACAUCAGCAGUUCCUUCUUGGAGAUGGCCAGUCACAUAAGUUCAAAUAACUGGAAGCGGGAAAUGUCCCACUUGAGAAAAGAAUACGACGCAAAAUCCGUUUGGAUCGUGGGACCAGCGAUUGUGAACGCCUUCUACAAUCCAUCUGCCAACGAGAUGGUGUACCCCUCGGGAAUACUGCAAGGCGUGUUUUAUCAGUACGGGCUUCCACGCUCUCUAAACUUUGGAGCCAUUGGCGUGGUGGUCGGACACGAAAUGACUCACGGCUUUGACGACACGGGAAGCCAGUUUGAUGCGGACGGUGCAUUGAAGCGAUGGUGGACCAAUACAACUCGUAAGAAAUUCAACGAGAAGGCGAGAUGUCUUAUAUACCAAUACGGAAACAUCACUGACAAGACGACUAACAUGACGCUUAAUGGGAAGAACACCGUUGGCGAGAACAUUGCCGAUAACGGAGGUGUGCGCAUGGCCUUCAAGGCAUACGAAGCCCUGCUGAAAAAAGAAGGAGAGGACAUAAGACUACCGGGCCUAACCCACCUGUCCGGCAAAGAGCUGUUCUUCAUCGCAAAAGCAAUGGUAUGGUGCAGCUUAACCAGAGUGGAGAAGUUGAGGCAGCAAAUUCAAUACGAUGUACACAGUCCAGCUCCAUACAGAGCCAAUGUGCCCAUGAAGAACUUUAAGGAGUUCUCCGACGUAUUCCGUUGUAAGAACAAUGCCCCCAUGAACCCAGAAAAGAAAUGCACGUUAUGGUGA